CGUUGGCGGGCGGAACUCAACGCGAUCGCAGCUGAUCGCCGGUCAUAGAAAAGAGCGGGACGGCAGACGCGAGUCGGAGCGAGACGGCGUGCUUGGGAGCUUGGGGCAGCCCCAAGGUGUGACAGAGAGAGAGAGCGAGAGAGAGAGAGAGAGACAGCAUUGGCAUACACACACGCAUAAAGAAGAUCGACUGUGGAAACUAUCGCUCUGUUUUCCCCACUCUGUUUUUGUUUGCCAGCCCAUAAAACUCAGUUUCUGUGUGUUGUGUUCUUGGAACUUUUUUUUUUUGUUUUUCCCGUGACGACCCUAAAAAGUGGCACAGUGUGUCCCACUCAAGUGUCGCCAGUGAGCGCGCGGGGGGUGAGGGGGAAAGUUUGGGAAAAUUGGGAAAGCGUUCGGGAACGCCUUUGGGAGCGGAUCAACUAUUAAUAGCAGAACAUAAACGAGAGAGAGAGAGAGAGCGAAUACUGACAAAAAGAAGCCAAAAAUAAUUGAAGCGUGGGCAGCAUUCAAAGGACAGUCAAGCCGGGCUACAGUGAACAUGGGACAAGCCAAAUAAGUUGUAAAUACAGUGAGCAUGGGACAAGCAAAAUAAGUUGUAAAUACAAAAGAAAGCGAAGAAAAAUAAAGAUAAAUCAAAACACUUCCAUAGCAAACAAAGAAAAGCGAAACAAAAAUGGAAAAUGGAAAACAUUCAAAUGGAAAAGGAAGGAUACUAAAGUGAAAGACAAAGCCCUCUUAGCGAGUGCCGCCUGUACAGACAUAGUUGGGAUAAACAAUAAAUUGGCCAAAGGCCAAAGCAGCAACCAGAAAAACAAGAAGAAGCAGCAGAUCAGCCGUGAACGAAGAAGAAGAAGCAGCAGCAGCAGAUAAAGGCAGAUCAAACAAGAGAACAACGGACAACGGACAACCAACAGGUGGAAGGAAACUAAGACCCAAAAAAGAUCAAACCCCUGAUCUCUAAGUGCACACUCAAAAAAAAAAAAGGGAGAGGGAUCACAGCUGAUGAGGCGUCAUGUCCCAGGAAGCCGCCGAAGAUGAGGAGGCUCUGCAGGAGGAGGAGGAGCAAGAUCCGCUGGCCAAUUUGCUCAGUCUGAAGCUGAAGAAGCCACCGCACUGGAACUGGGAGCUGAGCACCUCGCGCAGCUGCAGCAACAUUGCUCUGCCCAGGAUCUUGCUAUACGACCACACGGGCAAUCUUCUGGUGGAUGCCGAUGGCCACCAGGAGGAGAUCUACACAUCCAGGGAGUCGCAGCGGCGUCGCAAGCGUUCGGCCACCGCCAAUUUGGAGCGCAAUUUCCAUGGCCUGCGGAUAGCAGAGGCCACGCCCACGCCCACGCCCACGGUAACGCCCAGCGAGGCCACGCCCAGUUCGAGUCGGGAGAGUGGGCGGCGGAAAACGCACGGCAGCUGCAUUGACUUCAGCACCCACGAGCUGCCCAACUGGGAGCCAUCGCUGAGCUCGCGGCGCUCCAGUUCGCUGCGCGGCGUUCGCUUCCAGGAGACGGAGGAGCUGCCCGUCUACCCCACGCCCCCCUCCACAUCCACGCUGAACUCGUCGAGCUCGGGACCGCGGGAGAAGCGACGCUACCGCCGCUCGCAAAGCUCCAUCCUGGAGAGAUUCAGCCUCUCGAAGGGCCGCCACUCCUCGCCGGAGUUCGCGCAGGAGGAGGACGUGGUGAAGGCGCCGCGCUACUACCUGCGUACCAGCAAGGCGGGCACCCUGGUGAUUCGCGAGGAGAGCUUCAGUUCCCAGAAGCUGAGACAGCGGCGUCGUCGUCCUCCAAAGCACUCCUCCCACGAGAAUAUCCUGCAGGAGCAGGAGCAGGAGCCGCCAGCCAGCUGUGUCGUGCAGGCCACGACGCGAGCGAGGAGAGCGCCGGAGAGGACACUCUCCACCUCGGAGGAGGAGACGCGGGAGGCGGCGCAGGAGCCGCGCAGAUCCAGGGGCAGGCCCAGGAACACGAGCCAGCGCAGCUGCGGCAAGGAUGCGGCUCAGGAGCUCAUCACCGUGGAUCCCGAUAAUUGUGUAUAUCGAGCAGCGCCGGGCGCCACCGCAAGAUAGAAGAAUAGCUACCAGACCCCACACCCCCCCAAAAAGAAGGAAAGAAAGUAAGAGAGAAAGCCACCCAGGACGAUGAGAUGGGGUAUAGUUUUCUAACCGCACAGGAUGCCAGGAGAUGCGGGCAGUACGAGAACAGACUAAACUAGAGUUCCUCCAUGUGAUGUAAGACGAUUAAACGUAUGCAAAUAAAGCCAAUACCUAAAACU